AUGCCCAAAAGAACAAGAUCUCAACUUUCUAGAAAUAGUUCACAGGCUAGGGCAAUAAAAAUACGUCGUCAUGGAGAAUCUCAAUCAGAAACUGAAAAUCGUCUUGCAAGUCAGAGAGAAUACGCAGAUCAGCCAUCGUUGCGGUCCAACAUAGCUUCAACGCUAAACAUUGAUUUAAUUAAAGAACUACAGACCACACUGAACAGCCACAAUAUAUAA